UUGCUGUCCUCAUUCGAGUCUCUUCCCCCAACAAUUAAUUUGAUCUCAACUCGCAUUGACGCUCUUCCUCUGCCACUGACAACCAACCGUCAUUUGCAAAUUGCUGCACAGCCAGCGCAGUCAUCAUGGCACAACCGCUAGCCAUUACGGCAGCCGAUACCGAGUUUUGCGAGGCCACACCGGAACAGCGAGAGCUAGCAUGGAAGCUCAACGGCGCUGCUUGGGCGCGACCCAUGUCCAUUGAAACCUACGUUGCGCAGGAAUUUCACCUUUCGGAACAGGAGCUUACCAAGGACGGGCGUUGCAAGUACUGGGUACUGCACCUGACGGGAUAUCCUCGGCAGGUCAUCGCGAGUUGCGAAACUACCAGAAAGAAGGUCUUGAUUUCAGAAAACGGCGUUUCGCGAGAGGGCUACGGCUACGGUAUUGCCAGUGUGUACACCAACCCAGACUACCGCCGCCAGGGCAUGGCCGCAACCUUGCUCCGCCGUGUGCAGGAAGCAAUGGAUCGGGACAGCGAUCUUAGCGUCUUGUACAGCGACAUUGGCCGGCAGUACUAUUCGAACCUGGGCUGGCAUGUUGUCCCCAGAAAUGAGCUCACUCUCACCUACAUUCCGCCCGCCUCGACUAGUGACAACGAGACACCUACCCUCCAACACAGCCAACCCGGCAGUAUACGGUACCUGCGUCUCGAGGACCUGCGCACUCUUUGUGAGGUGGACGAGCUUCAUCUCAGCGCUCGCUUCGAUCGAAUCCCAGCCGACGGGGCAAGGCAUGUCGCAUUCUUGCCCAGCUUUGCUCAGAUAUCGUGGCAGGUCGCGCGGGCCGAGUUCGUCGCAGGAAAGCUGUUAGACGGAAAGGCCCCAGAGAAUGUGGGGGCCAUUACUAGUAACGGGCGAGCUUGGAUCUACUGGAGUCACGACUGGAAGCGGAAGAAGCUCAAGAUUCUGAAGGUCGUCACUGUGCUAGAGUCAACACAGCAACAGCGCAUUUAUGACAUCAGGGUCCUUGUGGAAGCCGCACUGGUUGAGGCAACCACGUGGGGUCUGGGGACCGUGUUGCUGUGGAACCCGGAUGAGGAGACAGCGAUGGGCUGCAAGGCCGUGGGUGAUGUGCAUCCCCAUGAUAUUGAUGUCGUGAUCGACGAGAAUGUCGAUCACAGUAUCUCGUCUUUACGAUGGGCUGGCGGCAAGCACAAGAAUACGGUGUGGGAAGACAACUAUUACUAUUGCUGGUGCUGAAGUCGGCUGGCUUGCUUCGCCUCGGAGUUCCUCCUCCGUUCUUUUUUCCGCUUUGAUCGGGCAGCUAUGAGUUAGACAUGAAGGACCUUGGAUAGUACGGUUCCGGCAUAACUUAGAUGGUCAGGCCAAGUUAGAGGUUUAGACCAGCCGGUCCAAUAGAGAAUAUACGUGGUGAAACUGGUAGC